AUGGGUAUAAAUAAAGUAUUUUACAGUUGUAGUGUAAUUAUUUUUAAAAUUACACAAAUAUUGAAGAAAUUAUUAAAAUUGUAUAUAAGAAGUUCUAAAAUUGAAUACAAAAAUGAUGUAGAUGUAUUGCAUCAUAGUGAACAGUUUUUGGUAGUUUUUAAGCCAUAUGACAUGUUCAUUAAUAGUAAUAAUCCUGAAAAAAAGGAUACACUACAAUUUGAAUUAAAGAAACUCGUACCAAAUUUAGCUAAUCCAAAUUUAUUUCAUGAAUUUCAUUUUGUGCAUAGAUUAGAUUAUGUGACUAGUGGUAUUAUAUGUAUUGCAUUAAACAAAAAAGCAGCUCGUGCUGCUUCAAAUGCAUUUGAAUCAAGAACUGCCAAAAAAUUUUAUUUGGCACUACUUCAUGGACAUAUUAAUGAACCUUAUCUUAUUAUAGAUAAAGCAAUUGGAAUUGAUGUAAGGGAAAAGAAAGGAAACCAUAAAAUGUGUAUCAAUGAUAGUAUAUUCUGUGAAAAACCAAGAAAAUCUUAUACAGUCCUUGUAGUGUUGGAAAGAGGUUUUAGAAAUGGAAAACCAGCUACAAAAGUAUUAUUGUGCCCUGGUACAGGUAGAAGGCAUCAAUUAAGAGUACAUUGUUCAUAUAUUGGCCAUACAGUGAUAGGAGAUUAUACAUAUAGUGAAAGAAAAGACACAGAACCUUAUAGAACAUUUUUACAUUCUUUCAGGUUGAUAUUGAAUAAUGAUAUUGAAAAUCUAGAUGUGAGAAGUACAGAUCCUUUUCUAACUUCUGAUCCAAGAAAUCAAUGGUCACCUACAAGUAUUGUUAAAGUAUUGGAUGAAGAUCUAUUUUCUGAUAUUUAUAAUCUCAUGCAAUAA